AAUUUUCAAUACAUAACAGCAUACGGUAGCGCAUAUAUAUUACAGUAAUACACCAAAUUCACAAAUAACAAAUCCAUACUCUAUCUAGAGUUCACAGUUCACAAAGUAUAAAAAUCGGAUACUCCGGCGAUACAUAUCGGGGCGUAUCGUUCGUUGGGAUACGACCCUGACCUCAAGUAUUCGUGCUGCGUAGGAGGAUAGUCCAAUAAAAGUGGCGCCGGCGCCUGCCCUCCCCCUUCACCGGUCCAUUGUUUCCAUCCCGCACCAGAGGCAGGCAGGCGGUCCGAUACCGACCAACGCCUCCUCUCUCUCUCUCUCUCCGGCGGGCUCUCCUCUUUCUCUCUCUCUCUCUCUCUCUCUCUCUACCUACUAGUAUAGGAGUGUAUCCAUCUUCAUCCAGCAGCUGAGCAGCAACCACCAGCAAAGAUGGUGCACCCGAUUGCGGAGGCCGACGAGCGGAGCCCCUUCGGGCGCCUGACGCCGGACGAGUUCUACGCGCGGCACGGCGUGACCCACUCCACCUCCUCCUUCGUCAACCCUCGGGGCCUGCGCAUCUUCACCCAGCGCUGGGUGCCCCGCGGGGACGGCGCCCGCGUCCUGGGCGCCGUCGCCGUCGUGCACGGCUUCACGGGCGAGUCCAGCUGGAUGGUCCAGCUCACGGCCGUCCACCUCGCCGCCGCGGGCUUCGCCGUCGCCGCGCUCGACCACCAGGGCCACGGCUUCUCCGAGGGCCUCCAGUGCCACGUCCCCGACAUCGAGCCGGUCCUCGACGACUGCGACGCCGCCUUCGCGCCGUUCCGCGCCGACUACCCUCCCCCGCUCCCCUGCUUCCUGUACGGGGAGUCGCUCGGCGGCGCCAUCGCGCUGCUGCUCCACCUCCGGAACAGGGACCUGUGGCGGGACGGCGCCGUCCUCAACGGCGCCAUGUGCGGGAUCAGCGCCAGGUUCAGGCCGCCGUGGCCGCUCGAGCACCUGCUCGCCGCGGCGGCCAAGGUCGUCCCCACCUGGCGCGUCGCCUUCACCAGGGGGAACAUCCCCGAGCGGUCCUUCAAGGUGGACUGGAAGCGCAAGCUCGCGCUCGCGUCGCCGCGCCGCACCACGGCGCCGCCCAGGGCCGCCACGGCGCUCGAGCUCCUCCGCGUCUGCCGCGACCUGCAGCAGCGGUUCGAGGAGGUCAAGCUGCCGCUCCUCGUCGUGCACGGCGCCGAGGACACCGUCUGCGACCCGGCCUGCGUCCAGGAGCUCUACACGCGCGCCGGGAGCAGCGACAAGACGCUGCGCGUCUACCCCGAGAUGUGGCACCAGAUCAUCGGCGAGCCCGAGGAGAACGUCGAGAAGGUGUUCGACGAAAUCAUCGACUGGCUCAAGGCACGCGCCGCCACCGCUACAGCCGCGGGCGCGCACCACGGUGAGCAGUAGGUUGGGCACGCCUCCCGCGUGCGUGCGUGCGUGCGUGCCCAUGGCCUUGAACCGCGCCUGGUCCAUGACGGAUUCUAUGGAGUAUCGAGGACGGGUCCAGCAAUAAACUUGUUAUGAUGCAUCUCUUUCUCUUGUGAAAACCCCGGUCUAGCAUCUGCAACCGCUUCAGAUGCCGCCAUGCCUACAUGAAUCUUGCAGCUUUGAUUCUUAUCCCCACA